AAGCUACCACCGCUCGUGUUUGUGUGUCUCGUUUCAGCAUCUUAGGAAGUGUUGUCCCUCUUCUCUCUGUCUGUCUCGCUAACCCUUGUGUCUGACAGAGUGACGGAACAUGGACUGGAGGGCGUGUGUGCGGGCGUGCUGGAGGAGGAAUGAGUGCGUGUGUCGACGAGUGAGGAGUGAGAAGUGAGAGCAACAGGACUGGAAGAGGAGGAGGAGGAGGAAGAAGAGGAGGAGGAGGAGGAGGCUACUGACAGGUUUGGAAGCGAAGACAAAGACACCUCAAUCGGCUUAGUUUCCCGUGUCUGUGUGUGUUACCGGUCACAGCAGCGACCUAUGAGGACUGACACCUACCCCACUAAACCUCCACGCCCUUGACUCCACUCCUAGACCCUCCACAGGAUGUGGCCACGGAGGAGAUGGGGCGCCCCUGGGGGAGUGAUAGGGGUGACAGCGUCGUGGUGGUGCUGGUGGGGGGCUAUGGCAGUGGUGACGAAGGUGGGGAUGGGCGUGGAAGGGUCGCUGCCCCCCCACCGCUUCCACCACCAGGCAGUGAUGGACCACAGGGGGCACUAUGUGAUGCUGUGGAGCCCCGAGGAGGAGGGACUCACGCUGGAGGUGCAGGUGGCGACAAAGGGAUACGUUGGCCUCGGUUUUUCACCUACCGGAGGCAUGAAAGGUUCCGACGUGGUGAUUGGCUGGGUGGCUGACGGGCAGGUGUAUCUACAGGACCGUCAUGCGUGGGGCCAGCUCACCCCCUCCCUGGACGCCUCCCAGGACUAUAGGCUGCUGGGAGGCUACGAGAACUCCACCCACACUGUGCUGCGACUGUGGCGACCCUGGACCACGUGUGAUGACCAGGAUUACCAACUGCAGGAUGACACGGUGCGGGUCAUCUGGUCAUACGAUGCCCUGGACCCUGAGAAGGAUGAAGAGCGACUGCGGAAACACGACCACAGAGGAACACGAAGCCUUUACCUGCGCCACCCCCAGCCCCACCUCACCUCCAGCCAGCCCUCAACGCCCACCCGCUACUGGGACGUGUUGGCUCCUGAGGUAUCGCUGCUGGACACACUACACACGCUGUACUGGUGCAAGCUGUACAGAGUGCCAGACAUGCCCCGCAAGACACAUCUCAUUGGGUACAUGCCACAGAUUCAGCCGGAGAACCGCCAGCACGUCCACCACAUGCUGCUGUACGAGUGUCACAUCCCACAUGCCGACAAGCUGCUCCAUAAGUUUGUGUCGGCCAAGGGGGCACAGUGCUACGACCAUAACAUGCCUGUCUCCUGGUUCAGCUGCAACACGGCCAUUGUCGCUUGGGCCAUCGGCUCUGAGGGUGAAAUGUUGCCAGCUAACGUGGGGAUCCCUCUCGGCGAGGAACACGGAGGUGCGAGUUACUUCAUGCUGGAGAUUCACUACGAUAACCCGGACCUUGUGCCAGGUGUGACGGACAGCUCUGGUGUUCGGCUGCUGUACACUGAGCAGCUGCGAGAACAUGACGCUGGCGUGCUGACUCUUGGCCACACUGUCUCCCCGACUAUGAUCAUCCCUCCCGGCCAGCAGUGGACCACCGUGGCUCACUGCACCUCCACUUGCACCCAGAAGACGGUGCCAGCGACAGGCAUCACAGUGUUCCAGGGGGUCCUUCACGCCCACCUGCUCGGCUCCUCCAUCUCCGUGCAACACAUCCGAGGGGGCCAGGAGCUCCCGCCCAUCAUACAGGACAACCAUUACGACUUCAACUACCAACAAGCAAGAGUUCUGGAGAAGACGAGGGACAUUCUGCCCGGGGACUCUAUGAUCGUGUCCUGUGGCUACGAUUCCACCAAGAGGAGAGUGCCCACCUUUGGCGGGUUUGGCACCAUGGAGGAGAUGUGUCUUGCCUUCCUCACCUACUACCCACGUGCAAACCUCUCAGGCUGCUACUCAAAGCCUGACAUGGCCCUCAUCAUUGACACCUUUGGCAUCAAGGAUCUGUACAACAACAACCUAACACAGUUUGAUCACAGAUACCUGAAAGACUUCCCCAUCGUUGCUGAGAUGGAGGACUGGCUGCUGGACAUGAUGGAGGCAGAGGAGGGCGGCCGGUCCCGAGACAUAACACUUGCCAACAUCUUCAACUCGGUGGUGGUGAAGGAACCUCAGAAAUAUCUCAACCAAACCUUCUAUGAAAUCCUGUACAACCCGACCACCUGGGAGGACCCGUACCUGGCCAGGACACUCCAGCAGAUGGUGAUUCAGGGCCAGCAUGAACCCUCUUGCGAAUACCACGGCCGCCAGCCUGUCCUUGGGGUGAGUGCUGGGUUCGUAAGUUGCCCAAGAAAAGUAAAUACCCACGUUAUCGAGAGCUGCAGUCUCAGCCACCAGCCUGCACCCCACCAUCAACCUCCAUCCCCACCACCACCACCACUACUACUUCCUCAGCCACCACCACCACUACUACCACUAGACCCACCACUACCACUACCACCACCACCACCACCACCACCACCACCAUGCAGACCCCAGCGGCCACAACAGAGAAGAGUCAAGGCACUGGUCGGAUUCCUUCUGAUGUCGUCACACUGCCCAGCGCACAAGAUGAGGAAAAUGAAAUACACAAGGACAAUCUUAUCGACAGAGGUGCAGGAAUUUGUGUUUCAGCCUGUGCUUAUGUCACCCUCAUUCCUACCUUGCUCUCCCUCUUCACUCUUUAGUCUUGGGUCAAGUUAGUGUGAUAGUGAUAGAAUGCUUGGUUUUAGUCUAUAAUAUUUAUUACUAUAUCUCCUUCAGCUGAGGUUAGUAAGCUCGCUCAUAACAAAGAGGUCCUCAGCUCAUUUCUGAUCAUGUGGAGCCCUGUUGAUCUCACAAUGGGCAUGAAAUGUAAGUGGAGGAGUUUGGACCAGACAACCUUGCUAAGAUCUCCUAACUCAGCAUGGUGUGAUGCAGUACCACCACCCACCCAUCCUAACCACUGGGAGAAAGGGAAGUGCUGUCUUGCAGUAGAAUCAUGCAGACUAAUAGUGAUUUACUGCUUUCUUAUUCAUUACUGAUAAAUGCAAGAAAAGAGGUGUACUGUUACUGCCUUUAGUUGAUCUCUAUUCCAGUGUGCAGAAAGCUUUCCUUGCUACCUUUGCCUUUGAUCUAACAGUUCAUAACGUCCAUUCAAAGAUGUGUAUUGCAUGAAUUCCUGACAUCUUUGCCAUUUUCAGAAGCCAAAUUUCUGGUAUUUUAAAACAUUUUUUUUUAUAUUUUUACUUAGAAAAUAAAGGUAGGAAAAUUAUUGAUUUUAAACAAACAUUUUUCAAGUGAGUCGUAAGAGAGUUUUGAUUACUGUCAUCUUGAUACACAUACUGUGUUGAAUUAGAGGAGUCUGUCUCAGCACAAAAAGUGCUUUUCCUUGUAUUGUGUUGUCAGAUUUGUGGUGCAGCUUUAAUGUGCUUGUAUAUAGGUGUGAUGUGAUGCUUAUUUAUAUCUUUUUGUAGAUAAGAUAUUUCUUAGCAUGUAUGAGGAAAGUAUGUGAGUGUGUGCAUUCUUACAUGCACUGAUAGUGUCUGUAUGAAGAAAUCAUUUUAUAUCAAACUUGUAUUUUAAAUAUUGUAAAAAAUAUGAAUAUACAA